UUUCAGCGAACUGUCGCUUUUAGCUUUAUAGAUACAUAAACUCGGAGGCUGUACCGCUAUUAUCUGCCCCACCCAUGCUUAAAACCUCAAUGGCAUGAAACGGCCACCACCUCACCGCACCCACAGGACUUUAUACACACAGUGUGCUGAAAUUCAUCCACAGCAGAUCACAUAGACACACAUCAGGAUGUAUCGACGCGCUCUCAUAUGCGCUAGCCUCAUUGUUUUGGUGCUGUUUCAGUUCAGUGAAUCGUGUGAGCUGGGGCCUGUUCAUGCCUUUGUGCCUAAGACACUGCCUGCCGGUUACGUUAUCUCAAAAGGAACAGAUGAAUUAAAUUUAAAAGGCUGUGGAGGGGUCAGACCAGUGGCCUUUACUUCAAGCGAUCCAGACUUCGUUGUAAAUACAGAUGGAACCAUCACCACAGUUCGUGAUAUGGUGAUCACCACAAAAUGGUUUUAUGUACUGGUGCAGGAUGACAGUGGUCUGCAAUCCAUUUUGGAUGUCACCCUGACAUGUAUAGAUGAGGACUCCCAGAAGUCCGUGGCGGUUAAGAGGCGUUUCAAGAGAAGAUGGAGACCUUUGCCUUUCUCUGUCGUUGAAAAUGACACUCCUCCAUUCCCUAAGGAUAUAGAAAUGAUUGCAUCCGACUCUUCUGUAGAUUACAACGUGUAUUAUGUGAUCAGCGGGAUGGGUGUUACGACGGAACCUGUUGGUCUGUUCCUGCUGGACAAGACAACCGGCAUGAUCCGUGUGACCAGGCCCGUUGACCGUGAACAGUACCCACAAUAUAUUUUUAAGGCUCAGGUGUUUGACAAAGAUACCAAUAAAGAAACUGACGAAUUUCUGCCCGUUAUUGUGAAUGUGGAGGAUGUGAAUGACAACGCCCCUGAGUUUUCCGGAAGUCGUGCUUUCACUGCGCAAGAACGAUGCUCUGCAGGUACUCUUAUAGGGAUUAUAAAUGCCACAGAUAAAGAUCAGGCUGGAACCCUACACACCAAGAUCAAGUUUAGUCUUUUCAAUGCUACCGACUUGUUCGCCAUCAAUGGUGAGACAGGAGCAUUAACUGCUAAAUCCAACACCUUAGAUAGAGAGGCUGAGGAGAAAGUCUACGUUGGCAUUGAAAUAAGAGAUAUGAACGGCGCUUCAACUGGGCUCUUCAACAGGGGGACUGCUGUGGUUACACUCACAGAUGUUAAUAAUAACCCACCCACUUUUAAAGAGAAGUUGUAUAAGGGUACGGUGAUGGAAAACCAACAAAAUGUGCUAGUUCUUAGAAUCCCAGUGGAGGACAGGGAUCUAAUAAACACCCCUAACUGGCGGGCCCUGUAUGAGGUCACCAAAGGAAACGAGAGUGGCAACUUCAGAAUGGAAACAGACCCUAAAACCAACGAAGGGCUUCUCUAUGUUAUAAAGCCACUGGAUUAUGAACAAACUCCUUUGGUGAAGUUGGUAGUAACUGUCCGUAAUGAAGCUCCAUUGGUUGGGGUUCAAGCCACUUGGAACACUGUGCCUGUGGAGCUCUCUGUGGGAGAUGAAGAUGAGGGUCCAGAGUUCAAUCCUUCCAUUCUACGUCUCAAAGUCAAGGAGAACCUUCCAAAUGGAACCGUCAUUGGAACUUACACGGCUCUGGACCCAGAGACCAAAAGCAGCAAGGGAAUCAAGUAUACUAAGCUCAGUGACCCAGGAAGCUGGAUCACUGUGGUGGAGAACACUGGAGAACUGAAAGUGGCCAAUACUAUUGACCGUGAAUCUCCUUUGGUUCACAACGACCUUUACAACAUAACCGUGGAAGCAAUGGAUGAAAGUAAGAAGAAAGGAAAGGGAACGGUUAUAAUGCUGAUCGAAGAUGUGAACGAUAACGUGCCUCUUAUUCCGACAUCUGAGCUGGUCUUGUGUAGUCAGGCUGAUAAGAUGGGCUCGGUCCUGGUCGAAGCUGAGGACAAAGACCAGUCACCUUACUCAACUCCCUUCAUUUUCGAACUCGGACCAGAGAAUGAUGGCAAAUGGAAACUAAAGGAUACUACAAGUUCCUCUGUGGUGCUGGAACAAACUGAAUUCUUGCCCAACGGCGAGUACAGUGUACCGCUGAUGGUGAAGGAUCUGCAGGGAAGUGGGAAAGAGCAAAAUGUGAAAGUGCGAAUUUGUUCCUGCGAGAGGGAGGAACAUGGUUUGGGAAUAUGCGGGGCUCGGAGCGCCUCUGCCGCUCUGGGAAGCUGGGGCAUUCUCGCCUUAGUUCUCUCUGGCCUGCUGUUGUUAUUGUUAUGUUUGUUGCUCAUCUUCAUCUGCAACACUAAGAGAGAAAAGGUUUAUAUAAAUGAUGACGUUGAUGGAACUGGUGGAAUGCUGCUUAAAUCCAACACUGAGGCUCCUGGGGAAGAAGUGAAAGAUGGAGCUUUCAUGAAGCUGCAGAGUGUAGAUAUCAUGGAUGGGUCAGAGAAUAACAUGGCUGUGGACAUUAAGAAUGUGGGUAUGUCUGGGAGUCGCUACGGUCAGCAAUCUUUCCACGGUGGAGGCAUCUACAACAGCACCACCCAGGAGUUUGGGACAGAGAAUAUCCGCUCAUCUGGAAUUUUUGAUACCAAUCUCUAUGGCUCCAGCACCAUGAUAAGGAAGCAAGGAAGCAUGAACACUUUCAGACAUGGAACCUUGAAUGCGUGGAAAAUGAAUAAGCAGCUGUUGGACAAAAAACUGGCCUACCUUGGAGACGAAGAGGAGGGGCGUUAUGCAGAUGACCUGAUAAAGGUUUACGGGAACGAGGGCAGGGGGUCUGCCGCAGGCUCUAUAGGAUGUUGUAGCAUGCUGGAAGAACAGGAUUCAUCAGACUUUUUAAACACUCUAGGACCAAAAUUCAAACCCCUGGCCGACAUCUGCAGCAGGCCAACUCGUGGUGGGAAAUAAUAGAUUUGAUUGGCACAGAAGAGUACUUUAUUCAUUGGACCUUGAAACCACACUGCAAAAUAUAUAUUCAGCAAUAUUAUUGUGUUAUUUUUAAGAAAUAUCCCAUUAUCCUUAUAACAAGAUUUAUUUACUUGAGAAGUAAAAAUUGUGAGGAUAUAUUUUUAUUGUUUUAGGUACACUGCAAUAAAUUAGAUUUAAGUGUAAGGUAUAUCAAGAUAUUACCUUUAUAUUUUUGCAAUCUAAGUACAUUUAUCUGGUUAUAAGGAUGUUUAUUUUGUUUAGAUGCACGUCAGAUCUGUUGAUGAAGAAAAUUUGUUUUAAAAGGAGUGCAAGAUUUGCUGGAUUAGAUAAUGUGCGAGUGUGUUUGUGUGCCUGUGUUUCACAUUUUGUAUGAGUGUGUUACAACCAAACAAGCCUUUUAAUGAUGUUUGCUACACGUGGAUCUGCUUUGCACACCACACUUUAUCCUCACAGAGCAGAGAAGCGACACUGUUUAAAUAUUAGUAUAAAGAAAAGACGUUUGUAUUUUUCUGGUCAAUUGAAAUUCUCAGCUCUGUGAAGUAUUACGUGAGUCUAUAUUUACAAGAAAAGGAUGAAUGUGACACUUAAUAUUUGGGAUGUGUGAAGCAUUUCUCAGCUCAAAAAGCACUGACAUACACUAUUUAAAAUGAAGGUGCUAAAAAGGUUUUUUUUGCAGUAAUCCCAUAUCAUUUUUUUGUUCCCCAAAGAAGCUUUCAGUCAAAGACUCUUAAGCUGCGUGGACAUCACCAGCGACUUUGUCACUGUGUGUCUCCCAUCUCUUUUAAUGAGAUCAAUAGGAGGCGUUACUGAGUAAGGGAUGAUGUGUAUGCAGCCAGUUGUUAUCGCAGAAUUACUGUAAUCCCUGACAGUGUGAUCAGGACCCGGUGCGAAGCAGAGGUUUUAUAUCAAACUGAAAGGGAUUAUCCCGCUUACAUAAUGGCUAUUUUUCUCAUAAGUAAGGUAGGGAACAUUAAAUGUUGAUUUGAAAUAUAUAAUGAGCUAAUUUUAAACCAAUCCUGACCUUCCGCGAUGAAAUCCGUUUACUUUCACGUACACACUAUCUGGUUUAAUCAUUUGCAAAUAUAAUGUUAGACAUUCAUAUUUAAUUUUUGUGUAAUAUUAAACUGUACCUGUCAAAAUAAUUUGGAGCAUCUGGUUACCUUUGUUAUUAGUUUUGAGUGAUUGUUAUCUGGGUUUAACCAACCUGAAAAUGUUGCGGAUGGCCAAUUGGAAUUAAGCAUUCCAACGAGCCGUGUAAUACUGUAAUUUUGGUUAGCCUACAAUUAUAAACCAAUGAGUAACCGUCUAACGCAAUAACUGAAGAAAAACAGAUGACACCAACUCCACUGCUUUACUCCUAUUGGUUUGCAUAAAGUUGAGAUUUUCUCAAGUUGCUCAACUUUUCAACAUAUUCCUGUUACCAAGGGUCACUGUCGCUCAUGUCGUCGAAAUGAUCCAUUUUUCCGUUAAAAUGAGUGAGGUCAUGAUACUAGUCGUUGGCUGUGUGUACGCAGCUUUAGGACGUUUUCUUUCUUUCUUUUACACUACAAAGACAGUUUUGUGCAACCAAAUGAUUCUUUAUGGAAGAUAGCUCUUAAAUUAACAUUUUAGUUUGUUUUUUUUAAGUGUAAAGACUCAGAAUUUAUCCUUAACCUGUGCGGUAUUACUGUAGUCUUGUUGUUUGACAACCUUAAAACUGUGUAGUUGCAAUUGUAUAGUGAUUUUAGUUAACAAAAACACUUUUUUUAUGUAAAAAUGUUAAACAUUGAUGUUUCAAAUCAGUGGUUCUCAAACCACUUUUCGGCAUGCACCUGCACCCCCUGCAAAGGGUGCAUCUCUAGAAGAAUAGAUAAAAAUAACAACACUUAAAAGUGCAGAUUUUUUAUAUUUCCGUUUUGUUUUAUUGUAAAGUUUGUUUUUAUUUCUUUUGUAUUUGCGGGAAACCGUAUCAAUAGCAUAACUAAUUCAUGUAGGGGAUGCUCUAAUGUCAGAUUUCUUAAGAGGAUAUGUUUUGUAAAUAUUUUAAUAAAAUUGUUCACAGACCCUGA